AUGGAGUUUUAGCCCAACCAAACCUGAAGCAAGCUCCCAAAACUGCAAAACUAAAACAAUGGCGGAUAAUAAACCCUACAAAAAUCACUAGUUUACCAACGAAGAGAGAGAAAUUCACACAACAGAGGUAGACGAUGGCUAAACCCAGAAAGCAAAUCAUAGUUUCAACCCUCUGUAAACACCUCUCUUUGGAUCCUAAACAAUUUUCUGGGGAUGUUGAAAAAUGUGAUGUUAAGAGCUUGUGCACCAAUAUUUUUAAGUCAUCACCAAAUGGGUCUUUGCUUCUGAGCAACGACGAGGUGAUGAGGUGGAUAGAAUUUGCAGAGAGUUUCCCAGUGGAUUCAGCGGCUUGUAUUGGUGCCAUCAAUGGCCUGAACGAUGAGUUGGUUCUAAAGUCUGUUUUAUUAGGGAAUGGCUUGAAACUCUCGGAAGCUGAUGUGAUUUUGUACUCGGUGAUCCAUCCUUGUGUGGUUGCUAUGUCAAAAUCAGACAGGCAGAAGUUCCCAAAUGUCUUAAGAUGGAUGGAUUAUGUUCAGAACAAGGAGGAUUUGGGAGAUAUACUUGAGAGAAUAUCUCUGGAGAAGGCCAUUUUACCUUCAUUACAAAGUUAUAAGGAGUUAAUGGAAGCCAACUCAAACACAAAAGAUGCUACAGUUGCUGCCAAAGAUACAAAAUCUGAUGUGAAUGCAAAAAGAGAUACUGCUAAAGGGUCAAAAACUGUUGACGCUCCUGAAGCAAGCAAGAGUUCACAGAAAGAUUCUACUCAGAAAAAAGCUAAGGGUGAUAAAGCGACUGCAGAGCAGAAGAAACCAGAAACAGAGGCAGCCCCUAAAGAUGAAGUUCCAGUGAGUUUGCUAAAUAUACAAGUUGGUCUUAUUCGCAAAGCAUGGAAACAUCCUUCAGCAGACAGUUUACUUGUUGAGGAGAUUGAUGUUGGAGAGUCCAAAGUACGGCAGGUGGUCAGUGGUUUGGCAAAGUUUUGCAGUCCUGAUGAUUUGGUGAAUCGACGUGUGGCGCUAAUUACUAAUGUAAAAUCUGGAAAACUAAGAGACGUAGUAUCUGAGGGACUGGUUCUUUGUGCGUCAAAUGAAGAUCAUAGUGCUGUAGAGCCUUUGCUUCCUCCAGAAGGUGCUGUAGUUGGGGAGCGUGUUUCCUUUUCAGGGCAUGAUGGAAAACCAGAAGAUGUUCUCAACCCAAAGAAGAAACAACUGGAUAAGAUUACACCGCACCUAUUUACUGAUGAAAAUGGGGUUGCCACAUACAAAGGAAUACCGUUUAUGACUUCUGGUGGUCCAUGCACAUCGGCAAUCAGGAAAGGAAGCAUCAAAUGAUUAUGAUGUUGAGAAUAAUUGCGAAGAAUUUACGAGUUAAUACGUGAAUGUCUACAUGAAAUUGUAGGCUUGUAUACAGAUGAUUACUUUGACAUACCAAUGUCUGAAAUUUUGUGAUUUCAGAAAAUAGUUUCUGAUUGCCUUAUCCAACCUCUUCUAAAGUGUUAUUUUAAACUUGUGUUAUACUAAGUAAAAGAACAAUGUGCAGUAAAUCAAUGUUUGGUUUGGUAACUAAGGUUUUGCUGUA